CGCGCGCUCUGGCCCCGCCCUUCCCCCCUCCUUCCUUUGCCUGCCUCCCUCCGCUCUGUUACUGCUGCGGCCGCUCCGGCGGGCGCUUCCAUCCUGGUAUUUCGGAGCCUCCAUCCUGGUUUCUCAAGUGCCCGGACCCAAAACAGGAAAUUUGAGUAUGAGCACAGUUGAAGAAGAGUCUGACACAGUGACAGUAGAAACCGUGAAUUCUGUGACUUUGACCCAAGACACUGAAGGAAACCUUAUUCUUCACUGCCCUCAGGAUGAGGCAGAUGAAGUAGAUUCUGAAGACAGCAUUGAACCUCCCCACAAAAGGCUUUGCUUAUCAUCUGAAGAUGACCAAAGUAUUGAUGACACCACUCCAUGCAUUUCUGUUGUUGCCGUUCCAAUUUCAGAAAGUGAUCAGAGCUUUGAGGUGACCAUGACUGCAACUACUGAGGUAGCUGAUAAUGAGGUCAAUGAAGGAACUGUUACUCAGAUCCAGAUUCUCCAGAAUGAACAACUGGAUGAAAUCUCUUCCCUAGGCAACGAAGAAGUGUCAGCAGUCAGUCAGGCCUGGUUUACAACCAAAGAGGAUAAGGAUUCUUUAACAAACAAAGGUCAUAAAUGGAAACAGGGAAUGUGGUCAAAAGAAGAAAUAGACAUUUUGAUGAGCAACAUUGAACGUUAUUUAAAGGCACGCGGAAUAAAAGAUGCCACUGAAAUCAUCUUUGAGAUGUCAAAAGAUGAAAGGAAAGAUUUCUACCGGACCAUUGCCUGGGGUCUGAACCGGCCUCUCUUUGCUGUUUAUAGAAGAGUACUUCGCAUGUAUGAUGAUCGAAACCACGUUGGCAAGUACACUCCUGAUGAAAUUGAAAAGCUCAAAGAGCUAAGGAUAAAGCAUGGUAAUGACUGGGCAACCAUAGGAGCUGCCCUUGGAAGAAGUGCUUCUUCAGUAAAAGACCGAUGCAGGCUGAUGAAGGACACCUGCAAUACGGGAAAAUGGACAGAAGAAGAAGAAAAGAGACUAGCAGAAGUGGUCCAUGAAUUAACUAGCACAGAGCCUGGUGAUAUUGUCACACAAGGUGUAUCGUGGGCUGCUGUCGCAGAACGAGUUGGAACAAGAUCUGAAAAGCAGUGUCGCUCCAAAUGGCUCAACUACCUAAACUGGAAGCAGAGUGGAGGAACUGAAUGGACUAAGGAGGACGAAAUAAACCUGAUCCUUAGAAUAGCAGAGCUUGAAGUAUCUGAUGAGAAUGAUAUCAAUUGGGAUUUGCUGGCUGAAGGCUGGAGCAGCGUGCGCUCACCACAAUGGCUUCGCAGUAAAUGGUGGACAAUCAAGAGGCAGAUUGCAAACCACAAAGAGGUUUCAUUUCCUGUUCUUAUUAAAGGCCUGAAGCAGCUCAAUGAAAGUCAGAAAAACACUCCAGGGCACCAGCUUUCAGAGAACAAAUCUUUGCCUGGGUUGCCAAAUGCUCAUUCUGGUUCUGGAGUUCAGCAUGUUCAGAUCCGGGUGGCUCGGUUGGAUGAGAAUUCAAGCAGCUCUCCAGGCCCAAUGGCAGCUUUACAGAUACCAGUCCAGAUUACCCAUGUCUCUUCUGCUGACUCUCCUGCUGCUUCUGUUGACUCUGAGACUAUAACGCUAAAUAGCGGAACAUUACAGACCUUUGAGAUUCUGCCAUCUUUCCAUCUACAGCCAACUGGUACUCCGGGCACUUACUUACUCCAAACAAGCUCCAGCCAGGGACUGCCUCUGACGCUGACCACCAGUCCAACAGUCACCUUAACAGCCGCUGCUGCACCAGCCUCACCAGACCAGAUCAUUGUCCAUGCCUUGUCUCCAGAACACUUGCUGAACACAAGUGACAAUGUCACUGUACAGUGUCACACCCCAAGUGUCAUCAUCCGCACCAUUGCAGCAGAAGAAAUCUCUCCCUCCGUAACCCAGGGGGAACUUACUGUUGACUCAGACCUACACCCAGUCGAUCUGGUGGACCCUCCAACUUCAUUAGAGACGGAUGCUUUCCCAGAUGACCUCCAUCCCCCCAAGUUGGCUGUUGAAGAGCAGCCCAUUUACGACGAAGAUGAGCCCUCCAAAUUUGAUGGCAGAAGCAGCACAGAACUCAUAGGCAGGGUCAUGGAAAGAGCUGGAGAACAGGUUUCGGAUACAGGCCUCAAACGCGAAGAGGACUGUCAGCCCAAUUUGAGUGGAACAUACGUUCCUGAGGAUCUCAGAUCUCCAGCCACAGAAGAACAAGAAGUUGAACAGUCUACCAUGGAUGAAACGGUUCUCAUAGUACCUUCUCCCCGGGGUUUUAUUCACACACCAGAUGAUAUAGACAACGAAUCAGUUUUGCCUUUAACAACACUGACAGAUCCUAUAUUGCAACACCAUGGAGAGAAUUCCCAUAUUAUUGGCUCCUCUUUGGAUAGUCCUGGUUCGGAAGAUUCCAAGGAUGUUGAAGAUUUAGUGAGCUGCCACUAAGAAUGUCCCAUGGCUUAGUGUGACAUAUUUGUAUCAUGCCACAGCUGUCUAUAACCCUGAACGAACUUUUUGAAGAAAGUAUCUGUUGAGAUAGGUUCACUCCACAUGCGCCAGCCACUGAAAUGUGAUGACCUCGUGCUUUUAAAAGGGAUACAGCUAGAGCUGAUCAAAGCUAAGACUUGCGGGUGGUGGUGUUAGCAGGCUGUUCAUCUAAUGGUGGUGCUUAUCCUUUCUUAGGAUCCUUGGGGCUGGAACUACAUAGAAAAUGUCAGGGAGUUAAGAUAUUUUGGACCAGCAAGGCAAUGAGUGACACUCUGCACAGAACAGUUCUUGCUUUUCAUAUAUCAUUAACCUCUGUGUUUCUGACCACAGUAAUGGUUACACAGCAGUAACUACAAAAAGCAAAGCACGGCAUUAGGAAAAAAAGUCUUAUUUUUCCAAUACUGUUACUUCUGCUGUAGGAAGCAGUAUGAAACAUUGCUAGAUUUACAGUUGUAAUCCUGACAGCUACAAAACAAUCUGUUGCUGGCAAUGGAUGGGAGACGUUUAAGAAAUCACUUUUUUUUUGCUACAGUAUUGAGCAUAGGAGGAACAACAGGCAUCAGACAAUGGAAUUCUCCUCCCUCACCCAGUGAACAAACAGCAGGAAUUACCAACGUUUGUUGAGAAGCUAAAACCACCACCACACAUGCAUGUGAUGUAACAAAGAUGGCAGUAAUACUGUGGACUACCAUUUAACAGAAACUCAUCUAAAUAAGGCCAUGAUGAGCAGAGUCUUCCGGUGCACACAGGAGAGCUGUUAAGGGCACUAAGCUGUGCUUAGUGUGUAACUUGCGUAGAAAACAUAACUCAGAAUACUACAAGGAUAUGUAAAAAGAGGAUAAUAUUUAUUGCUGUAAUUAGCUUUCUCAAAAGUCAGUUUUGUCUUCGGUCUGUGGCUUUGUUCAUGUGAAAAUGGAUUUGUAGUUAACAAAACAGUCACUUAGGAGAGAGAACAGAAAAAAACAGUGUUCAGUUCCAUACAAGCAAGAACCUAUUUGUCUUCUGUAGCAGUAGGAUGCCUUUUUAUUUAUACUGUAGUACAGGCAUUUGCAGUGCUGCAGUUUUUGUACAGUGUAAUAAAAAAUACAUUUUUUCCCAAAAGGAAAAAGCUCAUGCCAUUCUGAAGAAACGAGUGUGCACAGCUGGAAUGUUCAUUAAGUGCACUAGUAGCUGCCCUCUCCCCCCCC